AUGGCAGGCGAAGUAGCAAACGGCGCUCCAAAUAAUGCAGUAGAGGGAGGCGCUCAAGAGGGUGCCCAGUUCCGUAUGAACAAAUGGGCUAUGCUCAAAUCCUUCAUUUUCCGUCUCGUUUUCACCUACUUUAUAUUCAGUCUCUUCAGAAAGAGUCCAGCUCCUGCAGGCACUCCGGGUCAAGCGGGUGCUCCCAUUCCAGCUUCAAACAUGAUAAUGAGGGAUGAAGUUUUAGAUAUGUACGCAUACCUCACUGAGACACCACAAGUUCGAGAUUUCAAUGACCGAAGUAUCCUGUUUUGGCAUCUGAAAGGGCUCAAGUAUGGUAAUUGGGAAGAUGGCCCGGCACAUGAUGGCAGCUUUACUAAAACUGCUGUUCUAAAGGCUAGUGAUAACCUCAUGCACAAUGGUUCAAUGUACAUCCAUAUCUACUUCGUUCUACCCGGAUUCUCUCCUGACCCCAACUCUGAAAACAAUUACUCAAAGCAGUAUACCUUUUCGGCUACUAAACAGAUAACAAGAAUGCGCAAACGUCGACUUUCCCGCAAGGUCAACUUGUUGACAGGUCAAACAGAAACCCCGGCGAAUCUUGUGGCAUCGAAGGAUACCCCACAGGAUGUGAAAUUCCUUCCUCCAGUCUCCCAUUGGCAUCCAAAUCUCACAAUUAACUUGGUUGAUGAUCACACGGCUUGGGUUCGUGGUGCUGUUCCCUCUCCCCUCAAUGAACGCAAGUCAUUAAAAACUAAUAUGUAUUCAGUUUCUUACUUGGACGUUUCUUUCCCCUACUCUAUAGACAUCAAAUGGUAUGAACCAACCAAUCAGUACUACCCAGUUGUGUUCAUAAACGACUUUUGGAAUCUUAACGAGGAGUAUAUGCCAAUAAAUGAGACUACUCCAGAGCUAACUUUCCAUUUAACUGUGGCGCCUCUCUCCCUAUUCAAAUGGCAACUCUAUCUCUCACAGAGUAUGCGCAAUUCCUGGAUGCAGGGUCUUGUUGGACAGAGUGAAGGUGACCAACUGGAUGAUGAUCAAGAUCAGGAUAUGAUGAAGAAAACCUUCCUUGAGACAAAUCCCUACCUUCUGGCGCUCACUAUCGUGGUUUCAAUAAUCCAUUCUGUCUUUGAGAUGUUGGCAUUUAAAAAUGGUAACUAUAGUAAUAGUGAUCUUUCUUUAUUAUCGUUUUAA